CGUAAAACCUUUUCUGUCAGUGAUGUUUGUUUUUUAAUUGGUGAGAGUGUUUUCCUGACCAUGGCUUGCUCAAGCACUCAAGAUUUGUUGGAUCCUCCUGAUCUACCGUCAGAAGAUAUCUUCAGAGACUUUUUCCAGCAAUCUUUGUGGGAUAUGUAUCAAGAUCCAUAUCACAGAGGAUCCCGCGGAAUUCUGCAUUACAUCAAAGAGUUGGAUUUUGCGACAAUUCAUGGAAUCCAGACGGGCUACCUCACUGAGAUUUGUGGUCUCUUUGGGUCUGGCCGGACAGCCAUGUGUGUCAAAUUGUGCAUCAGCGUCUGUGUUCCUCCAUCUCUCCACGGACUGGAUGGCGAAUCAGUUUACAUAGACAGUCGCCGGCUGUUCAAUCCCAACCUCGUGAGAAAUUUGGUGAUGUCCACAAAUCAAGCCAUGAAAGAGCAAUUUGCAAGGAUUGGCUUCAGGAUGAACUAUGAGGACGUUAUGAAGAGAAUCCAUUACAUGAAGAAUAAUACUCAUGAAGAACUCAUUGGACAGAUUGAAUUCCUUAAGGGAUUCUUGGAGACGCAUCCACGAGUGCGACUUCUGGUUCUUGAUUCUCUCAUCAUGCCUUUUCACGGCUACCAGGGCAAGAGUUAUCAAAGGGUUUGUGUUAUUAUGGAUGUCCUUUUUCGCCUGGAAGAUCUCGCUGUAAAAUAUGAUCUUGCUGUGGUGAUUGUUAAUGAUAUGACCACGAGAAUUUUACCCGGUGGAUCAUCAAAAGUAAUUCCAGCACUGGGGACAUAUUUUCGCCACAAGAUUUCCUAUAUGCUUCUCCUCACUGAACUUCCUGACAGGAAAUAUGCAGCGGAGCUGAGGAAAAAUUUCAAAAAUGCUGGAAAAAUCGUUACUUUUUCAUAUUUUUGAAAUAUUGAGAUUUAUAUUUAUGUAGUUUUUAAGAAAUCUCAUGUAAAUAAAAAAAUAUACCAAAAUUUAUAAUAUAAAA